AUGAUUUGGAUGAGAUUGGCUUGCAUUAUUUCUUUCAUCUGUUUUUUUGCCCACAUAGCAGCUGUGUCGGUAAGUAGGGUUCUACUCUUCGGGUAUUUAGAAAUAUUAAUUCCAGUAUAUGUUAUCCUUUUUCUGAAUAUUUAUUUCUUUCAGAUUAACCAUCUUUCUAAAGGAAAUGUAUAUGAUGGAGAAUUUGAGGAACAGAAGGAUAUUUCAGAAAUCAACUUAGCUGCAGGCUUGGACCUCUUUCAAGGGGACAUCCUCUUGCAGAAUUCCAGAAAUGGCCUGAGAGACCCGAGCACCAGGUGGAAGUUCCCCAUCCCUUACAUCCUGGCCGACAAUCUGGCACUGAAUGCCAAAGGAGCCAUUCUCUAUGCCUUUGAAAUGUUCCGCCUCAAGUCCUGUGUAGAUUUCAAGCCCUAUGAAGGCGAGAGCUCAUACAUCAUCUUUCAGGAGUUUAGUGGGUGCUGGUCUGAGGUUGGUGACCGACACGUGGGACAGAACCUCUCUAUUGGUCAGGGAUGUGACUAUAAGGCCACCGUUGAACAUGAGAUUUUGCACGCUCUGGGGUUUUACCAUGAACAGUCAAGGACAGACCGAGAUGACUAUGUGAAUAUCUGGUGGGAUGAAAUUCUUCCAGGUUACCAGCACAACUUUAACACCUAUGAUGACAGCUUCAUCACAGACCUCAACACACCCUAUGAUUACGAGUCUCUGAUGCACUACCGGCCUCUCUCAUUUAACAAGAAUGAUAGUGUCCCUACCAUCACCACCAAGAUCCCUGAGUUUAACUCCAUCAUUGGGCAGCGUAUGGAUUUCAGUGCCAUUGAUUUGGAAAGGCUGAACCGAAUGUACAACUGCACCACAACUCACACCUUUUUGGACCACUGUGAUUUUGAGAAGGCAAACAUCUGUGGAAUGAUUCAGGGUACCAGGGAUGAUACUGACUGGGUCCAUGAGAACAAUGCUCAGCCUGGACAAGCGGAUCACACCUUGGCCGGACAAUGCACAGGCGCCGGCUACUUCAUGUACUUGAACACCAGCUUCGGGGCAGCGGAGGAGGCGGCCAUGUUGGAGUCUCGGAUUCUUUACCCCAAGAGGAAGCAGCAAUGCCUGCAGUUUUUCUAUAAAAUGACAGGCAGCCCUUCAGACAGACUGGUCGUCUGGAUCAGGAGGGAUGACAGUACGGGCAUCGUGCGCAAGCUGGUCAAGGUGAAGACCUUUCAAGGAGAUUUUGAUCACAAUUGGAAAAUCGCCCAUGUGACACUCAGAGAGGAAAAGAAGUUUCGCUACCUUUUCCAGGGCACGAAAGGUGACCCCCAGAACUCGAGUGGGGGAAUUUACCUGGAUGACAUCACUCUGACAGAAACCCCAUGCCCCACAGGGGUUUGGACAGUCCGGAAUUUCUCCCAGGUCCUGCAGAACACGGUGAAUGGGGACAAACUCCACAGCCCUCGAUUCUACAAUUCAGAGGGCUACGGUUUGGGGUUGACCUUGUACCCUCAGGGCAGAACGAGCUCCGGGAAUUCUGGGUACUUGGGACUCAGCUUUCACCUGUGCAGUGGAGAGAAUGAUGCUGUCCUCGAGUGGCCAGUGGAGAACAGACAGGUGAUCAUGACGAUACUCGACCAGGAAGCUGAUGUCAGAAAGAGAAUGUCCUCUAGCAUGGUGUUUACUACGUCCAAGUCCCAGACAUCUACAGCUAUAAAUGGCUCCGUCAUCUGGGACAGGCCCUCAGUCGUGGGGUCCUAUGACAACAGUUGUGAAUGUUUCAGAAGCAUUGACUGGGGUUGGAGUGCUGUCGUCUCCCACCACAUGCUGAAAAGGAGAAGCUUCCUUAAAAAUGAUGACCUUAUAAUUUUUGUGGACUUUGAAGAUAUCACCCAUCUUAACCAGACUGAAGUUCAAGUUCAAACCAGCAGGCUGACCCCCCAAGGCCUUGUUCUCCAUGGCCAGGAGCAGCAGACCUCAGAAGAUUCGAGAAAGGCCUCUCUAGAGACAGCCCUCCCGAGCAGCCUGGACCAGGGGCAGCAUAGCCGACAGAAGCGGUCAGUGGACAACACAGGCCCCCUAGAGGACCACAAUUGGUCACAGUACUUCAGAGACCCGUGUGACCCGAACCCUUGUCAAAAUGAGGGCAUCUGCAUGAACGUGAAGGGGAUGGUGAGCUGCAGGUGCGUCUCGGGCCCCGCCUUCUUCUACACGGGGGAGCGCUGUCAGGCCCUGCAGCUGCAUAGCAGCGUCCUGGGCCUGCUGAUUGGAGGCGUGGCCAGCAUGGUCUUCUUGACCUUCACCAUCAUCUCCAUCCUUUACCAAAGGUCAAGGCAGUGA